AUGCUUAGCUUUUACUCAGAGCCGCAGAAAUGGAUGAGAGGCAAAGGACGAAUUACAAUUCAAUGCGGUUGCUGCUACAACUUCACGAGGGAUAGGCUGGGGAAUCCCCCGGGUAUCUUAAGAUACGAUGAGGUGGAUCCUUUGCCUUUCGAGAUAAAAAAGAUGAUCAAAAGAAUGGUAAGGUGGGGCAUACUGUCUGCGGAUUGUAUUCCGAAUAGCUGUAUUAUUAACAUCUAUGAGGAGGGAGACUGCAUUCCGCCCCACAUAGAUCACCACGAUUUUGUCAGGUCUUUUUGUACAGUGUCCUUCAUGAGCAAGAGCAACAUUCUAUUUGGUAGAGAAAUCGAUAUUGUGAGACCUGGAGAGUUCAGAGGAUCGGUCGAGAUUCCGCUGCCAGUGGGUUCAAAGGGAAAUGGAGCAGACUUGGUGAAGCAUUGCAUCCCGGGAGUGCCGCAUCGCAGGGUUUCUGUUACUUUGAGAAGGAUGGACGAUAGCAAGGUGCCACACGGGUUUCAGCCAGAUUUAGAAUUUGAGGAACUACGCCCGUACUAG